UUAUAAUAAUGAUGCAAAUUAAAGGUGAGAUUCUCCGAGGUUUCUUCCCUCCCUCACAAUGAUACCAACCUCUCCCCAUCCCAUUUUAUUGCCACUUCAUUCUUGUUCGCAAACCUUCUCUUAACCAGCCUCCAAUGGCCGACUUUCCCCCAUUGUAAAUGCAAAGGGCAGGAUGGCCUCCGGGAGCUUCUCUUCUUGUGUUCCACUCCUCAUUGGCCUCCUGUCUCUCUUCCUCUCCUUCUCCUUCACCUUCUCCUCCUCCUCCUCCUCCUCGGCCACCAAUCUCCGCCUCACCAUCCGCAAGCCCGCCGUCCCCAUCUUCAACGAAGCUCCCGCUUUCCGCAAUGGCGACACCUGUAGUCUUGCCUCCUCCUCCGCCGAUUUCAUCCACGUCGUCAUGACCCUCGACGCCAACUACAUCCGCGGCACCAUGGCCGCCGUGUUCUCCAUCCUCCAGCACUCCACCUGCCCCGAAAACGUCGUCUUCCAUUUCCUCUGGCUCCGGCACGACCCCGACGUCUUCUCCAGCAUCCAGUCCACGUUUCCCUAUCUCAACUUCAAGGUUUACCGCUUCGACGCCGCCCGGGUCAGGGGCUUGAUCUCUAAGUCUAUCCGCCAGGCGCUGGACCAGCCCUUGAACUACGCCAGGGCCUAUCUCGUCGACAUUCUCCCCGCCGACGUCAAACGCGUCAUUUAUCUCGACUCCGAUCUCGUCGUGGUGGACGACAUCUUGAAGCUCUGGAAGGUGGAUUUGGGCGGCAAAGUGCUAGCGGCGCCGGAGUAUUGCCACGCGAACUUCACCUCCUACUUCACGGCGGCGUUCUGGUCGGACCCGGAGCUAGCCAAGGCGUUCGAGGGGCGGCGCCCCUGCUACUUCAACACGGGCGUGAUGAUCAUGGACGUGGAGAAAUGGCGGCGAGGAGGGUACACCCAGAAAGUGGAGGACUGGAUGCAAGUGCAGAAGCAGAAGAAGAUCUACCAUCUGGGCUCUUUGCCGCCGUUCUUGCUCGUCCUGGCCGGGAACAUAAUGCCGGUGGAUCACCGGUGGAACCAGCACGGCCUCGGCGGCGACAACCUGGAAGGGAAAUGCCGGAGCUUGCAUCCCGGUCCGAUUAGCUUACUCCAUUGGAGCGGAAAGGGCAAGCCAUGGCUGAGAUUGGAUUCAAGAAGGCCUUGCAGUGUUGAUCAUUUGUGGGCUCCUUAUGAUCUUUAUCGCACCUCAAGGAAUUCUUUCGUGGAAUGAAUGAAUUAAAUUUAAUUUUCUUUUUUCU